CAAAACCCACACCGCAUUCAUUCAUCACAAAGAAGACAAACAAAACACACGUUUCUUUUGUUUCAUUUCAGAGCUUUUUUUUCUCUAUUGAAUUGCAAUAACAAGAAGAAAAAAAAAUGUUGGCAAUUUUCCAGAAAGGGUUAGUGGAUCCACCAAAGGAGCUGAACAGCCCAGCCCCAUUGCAGGCAUCUGUGGAGCUUGUGCCACCACAAGAGGCCAUUAACAAUUUCUUGGCUGCAAAUAAGAGCAAUGGGUUUUCUCUGGGGUUUGGUGAAAAGGCAUUUUUGGCCUAUUCUGCUCAAGAUUGCUCAAAUUUGAAGCAGGAGAGGCUGUUCUGUGGGGUGAAUGAUAUUUACUGUAUCUUCAUGGGGAGUUUGCAUAAUCUGUGUUCACUUAACAGACAAUAUGGGCUAUCAAAGGGGGCUAAUGAGGCUAUUCUUGUGACUGAAGCUUAUAGGACUCUCAGAGAUAGAGGCCCCUUCCCUGCACAUCAAGUUUUGAAGGAUCUGGAGGGUAGUUUUGGGUUUGUGAUCUAUGAUCACAAGGCUGGAACUGUUUUUGCUGCUCUUGGUGCUAAUGAAUCAGUGAAGCUCUUCUGGGGCAUUGCAGAAGAUGGAUCCAUCAUGAUCUCUGACAAUGUGGCACUCAUCAAAGCUAGCUGUGCCAAGUCAUUUGCCCCAUUCCCUGAUGGUUGCAUGUAUCACAGUGAAAGAGGGUUGAUGAGCUUUGAGCAUCCAAUGAAACAGAUGAAGGCAAUGCCAAGAGUUGACAGUGAAGGAGCAAUGUGUGGGGCUUACUUCAAGGUGGAUCAUUACUCCAAGUCCAAGGUUAACACAAUGCCAAGAGUUGGAAGUGAAGCUAACUGGACUCUUUGAGAACAGCUUUACCAACCAACCACACAAAUCUGACAAUAAGAACAUAAUGCUUUGAGUUUUGAUUAGGUGUUUCCUUUGUAUCUUUUUUUGUUUGGAUUGAUGUUUAUGGUGGCUUGUUUCAGCAAAUGUAAUUUAAUUUGUUCCCUCUAAUGUAAUCAAUCGCAUAUUGUCAAUUAAUUCUAUAAAUUACAAGUC